GCCCCGGUUCCCGCUGGGAGCGGAAGCGGCCCCGGUUGGCGAUGCCGCUGCACCCGUUCCCGCCGCGGCUCUGGCCCGCCCUGCGGCUGCGGGAGGGGAUCUGCUCCCGGCUGCCCGAGCACUACCUGCGGGAGCUGCGGGAGCAGCCGCCGCCCAGCCCGGUGCACUGGCGGCCGCUGGGGCUGCGCUACCGGCGGAACCCGCGCACCGGCGAGCGGGAGCGGGUGCAGGACGUGCCGGUGCCGGUUCACCUGCCGCCCGCCGCCCACGAGGGGCUGUGGGGCGGCGAGGGCUGGAUCCGCGGGUUCCGCUACGCGCGCAACGACAAGCUCUCCACCCGGCUGCCCAAGACGUGGAAGCCGCAGCUGUUCGAGCGGCGGUUCUACAGCGAGAUCCUGGACGCCACGCUCACCAUCACGGUCACCAUGCGGACCCUGGACCUCAUCGACGCGGCCUAUGGCUUCGACUUCUACAUCCUGAAGACCCCAAAAGCCGACAUGUGCUCCAAGCUGGGGAUGGACUUGAAGCGGACGAUGCUGCUGCGGCUGGCACGGCGGGACCCCAAGCUGCACCCUGAUGAUCCCGCCAGGAGAGAGGCCAUCUAUAACAAGUACCAGGAAUUUGUGAUCCCAGAAGAGGAAGCUGAAUGGGUUGGCUUGAGUUUAGAAGAAGCAAUAGAAAAACAGAGGCUCCUAGAAAAAAAGGACCCUGUCCCACUCUUUAAGGUGUAUGCUGAAGAGCUUGUCAACCAGCUGAAGGAACAGGCUCUGCAGAAGCAGUAGAAGGAGGGGAACGCCUGGAGCAAGAUUUUCCCUGCUGCAGGCCAAGCUGUGGGGUUCAGUGGGUCUUCUGUCUGAACCACAGUGUGUGGAAGAGGCCACAUGAAGAGUGUGUUGCAGUUAUUGAAGUCUAAUGGUGGCCUGAAUUCAGUGAGGAGCCAUUCCCAUGGGCUGAGGAAAAAAAUCCUGUCCUGUGGCCUCUGAAAGUGCUCUUGUAAGAUUGACUGUGGUUCUUCUGCCUGUAUGAGUAGCUGGCUGCUGUUGAGAGCUUGAUCAUGGUAUGAAAUGAAAUAUGCAUUUUGGGCAUAUCAGUAAACUUUUCUCUGAUACUCA